GACAUUUCAGACAAGAAUGGGGUUCAAACUGUUUUCAAGGACAGCUUUGAUUACCCUAUGGACACUUCUUUUUUUCUCAAUCUCAGUUAGAAGCGAAGACGACUGUCCUGAGUUUGAAUGCCCCGCUAAAGAUGGUUCUUUUGCAGAUCCCUGUACAUGCAGAAGAUUUUAUCAAUGUGUUGAGUUCUUUCCAUACAAGAACUUCUGCCCUUCCAACCUUUACUGGGACGAUAUCAAAAAACUAUGUACCUUCAAGAACGAGGCUGUUUGUGGUCCUGUUACCACAACUCCUGCCCCCUCUACCACGCCACCUCCUGACACGGCAAAUACAUGUGAUAUCUCUGCCUGUCAGCUUCCUUACUGUUUCUGUUCCUCUGAUGGUACCCAGAUACCGGGAGGGUUAAACAAAGAAGAUAUUCCUCAGAUGGUUAUGCUAAUGUUGGAUGGGGCAGUUAAUACAAACAAUUUUGAUGAUUAUAAAAAAUUAUUCCGAGAGCGCACAAACCCUAACGGCUGUAAAGUAAAGGGAACAUUCUUCAUCACACAUCAUUAUUCAAAGAAUUCUAAGGUCGGAGGUGCGUUAAGGGAGGUUAUCUGCAUACGUGCUCGGGUGCACCCUAAUGCACAUAUCGAGGUUUUGAAAAACGAUGGACAUGAAAUUGCAGUGAGUAGUAUUUCAGAUGAUUCUGGUUUGUAUUUGAAGAAUGCUAGCAGUUGGAUUGAUGAAUUGGUCGGAAUGAGAACUUUACUGACUCAACAAGUUGAUUUAGGAGUUGAGGAUAUCCUUGGAGCCAGAGCACCAGGACUCAAACCUGGAUUUAAUGAUCAGUACACUGCUAUGAUUGAGUAUGGAUUUAUCUGGGAUAGCUCUGUAUCUGCUCUACCAUUGGCUACUCCUGUCUGGCCGUACACACUAGACUAUAAAAUUCCUCACAAAUGUAAAGCUGAAUCCUGUCCUUCAAGACAGUUUCCAGGACUUUGGGAGAUACCUUUAAACUCACAUCAUGUCGAGGGGUUUGUAGCGGGACACUGUCCCUAUCUGGACCAAUGUGUUUUUACAAAUAUGGACAGUGAUGAUAUAUUUGAGUGGUUAAAAGAAGACUUCCUCCGUCAUUAUACAACUAACAAGGCGCCCUACACUUUGGCAAUGCAUACAAACUGGUUUACGUAUAAGGAGCAGGUUACUGCUCUUGAGAAGUUCAUGAACUACACAAACACUUUAGAUGAUGUUUACUACGUCACAGCUACUCAGGCCCUUCUCUGGAUGACCGACCCUGUAGGGUUGGAUGAGUUGAUCCUGGUGGAUAGCUGGAGCUGUGACCCGGAGGAGGAGAAGGUUGACCCACCAUGCGUGAGCCCUAAUCAGUGCGCUCUCUCCCAUACUGAGAAUGAUAUCAGUGUUAUCAAGUAUAUGACCACAUGCAAGACUUGUCCUGCAGUGUACCCCUGGUUAGGAAAUGUUUAUGGCAAGGAAACUGAAGAAAAGGAUGUUUAUCCGAAAUUUGAAGAUUGAUGUAUUCAUACAUAUACAUCAUUAACAUCCAGUUCGUAAUUAUAAAAAAUCUAUGUGUAACUGUAAUAUUCCUUAAAUGUAAACUACUGGAAAAUAAAUGUUUUAAAGUAUA